AACAAAGAAAAAACACUCUACACACGGCCGCAAACCUCCCACCUCCCGUAAGCACCGGCGCACAGCGAUGGGGCGAAAGGGCCGACGGCGGCCCCGGCGCGCUUCUCCGGCUAAUCCGGCCUCGACGUCGACCUCGAUGGGGCAAGGGCGCCGACAGCGACGCCGGCCUCCUCCUCCUCCUCCGGAGAGUUUGUAUCUCAGGAUAGUUGCCGAUUUGGGGGAUAAUUUGUUGAUCAUGGUGAUGUUCGAGACCCCCUCUGGCUUCGCAGUAUUCUAUGCCGAUGGGAUCAGUCUCUACGAACCAGACGCCAUGCAGAAUUUAUGGGGGAACUUCGUCACGGAAAAUAGGGCAAACCAUAUAGUUUGGCGAAAAGACUUCCAAGUAUUUGCGGACAAGGCUGAUGCCAUUAACCUUGAUGAUGGUCUCAACAGUCAGCUUACUGACAUGCUCUUGAAGUGGCAUCAACCUGGGCAGAAAUUGGCUGUUGGAAAGCCUGAAUAUAAAACAAUCAUUGAAGCAAGAUUGGGAAUACCCUGCCUGUUCGAUGAACCUGUGAUGGAGGUGAUGCGCGGCCUGAACUAUCUCAUGCAUAGUUUUUUCCCUGAAGAGAAGUCAAAGCAAGCCGAGGGGGAAUGUCUUCGGAUGAGUCGAGGGCUGAGAAUGCUCGUAGAUCGAUAUGGCUUUGAUGAUGUCAAACUGGACAAUGUUAACGAGUGCAUUAUUGAGACGGCAUGCAUGCUGAAUGAUUGUGAUAGAUGUUUGAAGUCAAUUGGUGAGAGCUGGCGCGGUGCCAGUGCCUUCCUCGAGGGGGUAUCAUCCAUAAAUUCCCAGGAUUGGGACACGCUGAAACUGGCAACGGCCCUGAAGAUGGUGUGUUUCUCAGAAGAGAAGAUUGUAUUUGGCGAUCCGCACGAGAUGUUUUCAGCGGAUGAACUGUCGACGUUGGUGGCUGAUGCGCAUAAAUAUGAAGAUUGUGGGAUCCUUAAGGGAACUGUUGGGAGGUUCUAUAAUAGAACUGUGUUUAUGUAUGAAUCUAGGGCUAAGGGUCAACGACGACUGUCAAGGAGGCUAAAGAGGCAUAUGAAGAAGCUCAACAAGAAGUGAUCCUUGAGGAAUCUGUAAGCAAUUGCUCUGCUGCUGUAGCUGGUAUAACGUACGUGAGGAAUCCAUGUGUUUUUUUUUAAUAUUUACCACUGGAAAAUAGUAUUGCAAUCUGGCAUGAGCGUUUCUGACUAGUACUUUAUAUGUGCAACCUUCAGUUUUUGUGUAGGCUAUCCAUUUUACGGUUUCAAUUAUUAGUAUACAAUAUAUGAUU